AAGCUGGGUCCUGGUACACACAGAUGUGAUUGUAAUGAAGGUUGGAUGGGAGAUGGGUUUGCUUGUAUAGCUAAAGUGGCAUGUAAUAAUCACACAGAUUGUCACACUAAUGCAUCUUGUCAUGAUCUCAGUCUUGGCAAGGUGAGAACAAUACAAGUAUUUGUCAUUUACUUUUUAAUUAUAUUCAAAACUUUUGCUCAACUCAAUCUGUUAUACAGGAUAAGCAUAAGCCUAAGAUAUAUAAGAUUUUCCUUUUUUUUGUAUGAAAUCUUUUAAUAAGUUUAACUGCAAUAUCAAUACUCUAUUUGCAAGAGACAUCUUAACACAUAGAAAAAAUUUAAAGAAUGCUGUUUGAAAAAAACAAAUUUCAAAAAAUUGAUAUGUUUUGUUUUAAUAAAAAAGCUAAACAAAGAAAAAAUAUCAAGGAAAAAUUAUUUUUCAAAGUUAUCAAUGUUCUAUUUACAUUUUCAGUACCACUGCAUGUGUAAUGUGGGGUUCAGAGGGAAUGGCUCUUAUUGUGAACUUGUCAAUCCCUGUCUGGAAAAUAAUGGAGGUUGCUUUCCUAAAGUGAGUUGUCACUCAUAGCCGAUUAACUAGCCUUUUUGUUUACUCUAAAAUGAAUAUUGGAAGAAUACCAGGAAAAAAACAGAAGUUUAUAUUACAAAAAAAAGUCCAGUUGACGGAAAAAUUGCUCACUGAUAAAUGCAAUAGUUAAUGCCUAUAGUUUAAAUAGUUUGUUUGUUUUGUUUAAAAUAUCUAGGCCAUCUGCACACCUUUGACCUUUGGGGAGAGAAGUUGUACUUGUCCUGAAGACAUGGCUGGAGAUGGCACCAGAUGCUUUGGAACUAUU